AUGCAUCAUGCUACUUGGACAUGGGAUGAUCUCAAAACAGUAAAUAAAAACCUUUAUAAUACAUACCAAGAAGCUGCAUAUGAAAUGAGACUAUUUACAAAAGAGAAUGAAGAUAUCUUUAAUAUAGAAGAAGCUAUUAGCAAUUAUUAUACACCUGCACAACUGUGUUUUCUAUUUAUACAACUUAUAUUACAUGAUGGAAAAGCUGGCUGCGACAAAACAUUUCUAAUUAAUGCUAUUUGUUAUGCAAUACGAGCUGCAGAAGAAAUUGUUCUAAUAUGUAGAACAACGGCUUUAUCAGCCCUUCUUUAUGAAGGAGGACAUGCUGCCCACUCAUUAUUUUGUAUCCCUGUAGAAGAAAAUAAUAUAAACAUUCAAUCAACAAUUAAAUACAUGAGUAACCAAGCAGAUUUAAUUCGAGAAGCAAAAUUAAUCUGUAGAUAUUCUUCUCUAACAAAUUUGCAAAAACAACAAACUAUUUGGAGAAAAACCUCUAAUAGAUAUGUAUUCAACCAACCAAUACGCAAUGCAAAUAAUCCAAUCUUUGCGAAAUUCAUUGAUAAUUUCAGUGAAAACUAUAAAAAUCAUGAAAUUUCUUUAAAUAUAUUUAAAACUAUUCAAAAUAUUGAAGAAGCUACUUUAUUUCUAUACCCUGAAAACAUACUUUCAGAUAAUAAUAUUCUACAGAAAAGAGCCUUCCUCAGCUUACGCAACUCAUUAGUUGAUGACUUUAACUACAAAAUACUCAAUAAACUACCUGGAACAAUUCAUAUAUAUUUCAGUCAUGAUAUUGUUAAAGAAAAUGAUAAAAUUAUAACUGAUCAUCCUACAACAACACCUGACUACUUAGCCCAACUAACAUACCUAGGAAUACCUAAUCAUGAAAUUCACUAA